CAGAAAGGCAUCCCAAAAAAAUGUGCAAAUUCACAAAUCGCCUGUUUGUUUUGGUCUUGUUGCAAUUUGUUGGCUUGCCACUGGCCAGGCCAGCAAGGAUUCGCAGCAGUGCCAUUGAUUUGUUAGAGCUCUUGUAUAAUGAUUAUGGUGACUAUGGCUAUCAGGUGGAGGAGGUGCACUACGAUCAACGGCAAAAAGGCGAAGAGAAUUUAAAAUUGCGUCUGGAUGGAUUCGUAAUUGGUUUGCCAGCCCCUGACGAUUUCUCCUAUUUGGAUAUUCUUGCCGAGGAAUAUAUGAAUAAUGCGUUGCCAAAAAAAAUUGCUACUGCAGCGAAGGAAAAUACCGUGGCGGAUCCGAUGACAGCACAAAUAGUUAACAUACCAGCUCCGAAAAAGGACAUUGAAAGCCGACAACACGCCAAUGAUGAAGUGGCAAGUUCACCUCGCACAAAGUCACACAUGCUGCAGCUUUUGCAAAUGCUUCGACGCACACACCACUAAUUCGACACCAGAAACUUAUUUUAGUAAACUUAAGUUGUAAAAGAAUUAUAUAAAAAUCACAAUAAAUAAGCUUUACAUA